CCUGCGCUCCGCCAGCGUUCUGUUUGUGCUGAGGCGGGAAAUGGCGUCCGAAGACACGGCUGUUCUGCGACUUUAGCCACUGAGAGACGGACACAGCUGGCGGAAACAAGCACGGCUCGACCUCCAAACGGCGGCCGCCGCGGUCGACACUGACAACGCCCUGUCGGAUUUUUUUUUUUUUUUACGAGCAUCCGAAGUGAUCGGUUUUUCUAUGUGACUCCGGAGCAUGAUGAGGCUGAGAGUGCGUAAAGCUCCUCAGCAGCCAAACAAAGGCCACCGAACGCACCCGUCCCCGGCCAAACGAAAACACAGAGAGGUGGAGCCGUCCCCGCCGAGAGGCCGAGGCAAAAUGCAGAAAAAUGAAACUGGGCUCCUCUCCACCAUAAAGAAAUUUAUCCGUGGGAAUGCUGUGAAGGUGGAGCAGGAAAUCCCGGCCAAGCGAAGUCGCAUUGAUUGUAAUUCAGACGAUGAGCUCAUUACUUCAACGCCUCAGACCCGGGGUCUGGCCAACAAGUCGGUGUCAAGAGUUUGCAGAAAAACUCAAAGUAAAGAUGCAACGACCUGCAACAGUAAACCUAUGAAACCAAAUGGUAAACUGGAGGCUACAGUAGACUCACCGAGCAGCCCGCCACGCACAACCCUCCUAGGAACCAUCUUCUCUCCAGUUUUCAACUUUUUCUCACCAGCAACUAAAACUGCCACUCCAGGCUCAGAUUCGCCGGGCCAAGCCAUGGAGGCGGAGGAAAUCAUUAAACAGCUGGACAUCGAGCAGGCAGAAGAAAUGCCAAGCAGUACUCUGACAUCCAGGGAUGGAAUCACUCCGUGUCACACCAUCCAGAUGUCGCCUCAGAGGCUUCAGAUCCCCUCCGAGACGACCAUCGAAGAAGGAGAAAUCGUCACUGAAACGGACAUACCCCCAUUAACAGCUCCUGGGUGUAUGCCAGAUGGCAGCUACCAACACUCUUUACCUUCAGCACCUGCAGAAACCUCGUAUGAGGAGGACUGGGAGGUUUUCGACCCGUACUUCUUCAUCAAGCAUGUGCCUCCGCUGACAGAAGAACAGUUAACGCGUAAACCAGCUUUACCUUUGAAAACACGCAGCACACCCGAGUUCUCGCUGGUCUUGGAUCUGGAUGAAACCUUAGUCCACUGCAGUCUGAAUGAAUUAGAAGAUGCAGCCCUGACAUUCCCUGUGCUCUUUCAGGAUGUAAUCUACCAGGUCUAUGUCCGAUUGAGGCCCUUUUUCCGAGAGUUUCUUGAGCGCAUGUCUCAGUUGUACGAGAUUAUUCUCUUCACUGCUUCAAAAAAAGUCUAUGCAGAUAAGUUGCUCAACAUACUGGAUCCGAAAAAACAGCUAGUAAGACAUAGACUGUUUCGGGAGCACUGUGUUUGUGUUCAAGGAAAUUAUAUCAAAGACCUGAACAUUCUCGGACGGGAUCUGGCAAAGACGGUCAUAAUCGACAACUCCCCCCAAGCCUUUGCCUAUCAGCUAACUAAUGGAAUCCCAAUCGAAAGCUGGUUUGUGGAUAGAAACGACAAUGAGCUUCUAAAGCUCAUUCCUUUCCUUGAGAAGCUGGUGGAGCUGAAUGAAGACGUCAGACCGCACAUCAGAGAACAGUUCCGUUUGCACGACCUCCUUCCUCCAGACUGAGGAGCCUCCGUUCAUGCGUCACUUCAACAUUGUUUGUGGGAAAGACUCGGCAGAAGGAGAUGUUCAGUGGUUUUCUGUUUGCGUAAACAUUGCCAUAGCUUAAAAAAAAAAAAAAAGAAGAAAAAACAAGCUCUGAUUCAAAACAUCCUGGGUGUUGAACAGGAGCAGAAGACCUUCUGGAGGGUAGUUUGUCUCUAACACAACCAUUUUGGAUUGACAGAAGUGAAUGUGGCGUGACGUCGGUUCGUACGGACCUCGUUGGUUCCAGCCUGACUUUAAGGGGCCGGGCAAACCUGUAUAUUAUUCAUUCUGGUUACUUGUAAAUAAUAUGUAUAUAACUGUUUUUUGUUUUGUUUUUUUCUCUAAGGUUUUUAAGUCGUUUUAUUUUCACUUUGGAUUUUAGUAUGUACUCUUUUGAUCGGUUGCUUUUUAUAAAACCCACAAACUCUUGUGUUUUCUUUAAAACUGUUAAGCAGAUGCUUAUUUUUUUUUUCCUGUUGUAUGCCUGCAGUAUUCCUGUGAUGCUUUUCCCCGUAACAUGCAGUCGUCUGUAAUAAGGUCCAGUUUUUAAAAAGAAAAGAAAAAUAAGACUGUUUCUGAAAGGUUUUAAAAUUAAGAUAUAUAAGCUAGGAUAAGGUCUCAAACGAAUACAAAGCCAUAACGGCCAAACAAUAAUUUUAGAGAUUUGUUUCCGAGUAUCCAUUUCUGAUUUCGACACUUUGAUCGUCCUCUUUGUGGGGUGCGGGGGGGGGUUCAGGCAUCUUGCACUUUGACUUCCAGCCCUUUGUAAGUUGAUAUAAUAAAAUCUUGUCACUUUUCUACACUGGUGUCAAUCACCUCAAUUUGAUAUUUAGGGGGAAGAUAAAAUUUGUAGCACCAGCAAAUGACCAACAUUGCUUUCAAAUCUCGUUUUCCAAACAUCUUAUUUGUCAGAUCUCUGUAAGAGUCACAGGUUUAAUUGACUAUUGAAUGAUCACUCCUGGUGUAUUCAGUGUUACUCAAUGGAUCUCUGAAAAUAAAUACAUUUUUAUACGA